AUUUUCGAAAUACCGGAAAUUCUAGAAAUCAUUUUACGCCAUGUAGCACAUGAUUACACGGACAAGAUUCCAGUUGAGCCAAAACUAAGUCGCCGUCCUCCCUUAUCCUACAAUCACUCAUUAAUGAUAUAUGGUGAAGAACGUGGGAAAAGAGUCUGGAAUAGGACUGUCUCGAGCACCACAAUGAGCUCAUUUUCAAGUACCAAUGGAAGACCAAAUUCAGAAUUUUCAUCCACAGAGAUGAAGAAGAAUCCAAACUUAUACAAUUGCCUAUUCGUUAAUAAGAAAUGGUACUUUACUAUGCUUUCCAUCUUGAACGAGAAUCUUUUCUUUAAGUCCGAUUCUCAAUUUGAAAAUUUCACUUCAUCAAUUUGCACAUCCGAUAUCAAUACCCCAGAACCAUUUUCCUUGGUAUUGCAUAAGAUCAAAUCACCGCAAUCUGUGAUGGAUGUGUUUGCAUCACAAGUAUCAUCUCGUCGCCUUAAUUGGUUGGAGUUUUAUAUUUGUCCAGCAAUCCUACCCCCAAUCAGUUUCAUAUCACAUUCUUUAAAGAAGCUGGCACUUCCUGGAUGUAGAUCAUUAACUGACGAUCACUUGAAACUUCUUGUUUCUAGAGCCCCAGAGUUGAUGCAUCUUGAUAUCCGUGCAUGUGAUCAAAUUACUGAUGCAUCAAUAUAUUUUAUUGCACUCAAUUGUCCUAGAUUGGAAAUGUUAAAUUGUGGUAGGCACACUCGUGGUGAGUUGAUUUCCGAUGUCUCAAUCGGUAUGAUUGCAAAGCAUUGCCAAAUUCGUACCAUUGGAUUGGCUGGUUGCGGAAUCUCAGACUGGGCUGUUUGGGAAUUAGCCCUACAUUGCGGUUCACGGCUAGAACGACUAAGCCUUAACUAUUGUUGGAAAUUAUCCGAUGUAGGUAUUUGUCGAGUUUUAAAGGCAGGACUGAUGGAGUCGCUCUCUGUAUUGGAGAUCCGUGGCGUUUCGCUGAAUGAUGUCCGGGAUAUAGUUCAAUGGAAAAGGCGUAGAUUGAGCUACAAACAUAAAGUUUUGAUUGAAGCAUGCGAAAACUUGGAUAGACUGAUGAAGGAUGUUCAAACACAGUUAGAUUUAGAGGUGAGUAACAGAAUCUUUAAUGAUAUUAACGUUUGGUUACAAGCCUCUGAUGAUGAAAACGAUGGAGGGGAUGUGGAUUAUAGACGGUUUCUGAGCGAAAGA